UGUUGGGCUGUCCCAGAAAGCAGACAUAAAAUAAAGGUUAUAUCUGAAUUCCAAUAACAAAAUGCCUCAAGCCCGUCGAAAGGUCCCUUACAGUGGCAAGAAAAAGAAGGAUCAAUUGCUGCAGAAGCGGCAACUGAAAGGUCCCCAAAAAUAUUUGCGAACACGCAGUGAUGAUGGGGAAACCACCGAAGACAACGAGAUGACCGUGCGCAAAUUAAUGAUGCGUUCCCAAACAGCAGGCAGUGGCAAUAGAAAUAGCAAUCGCUAUAAUUUAUGUUUCUAUCAAGAAUCAAAAAAGGAAUUGGAGCGUUUGAAAUUGGACGGCCUCAAAUCUUACUCACCGGCGACUCCAGAACAACGAGAAAUUGACGCUGGCUUCUAUGAGGGAUAUGAUUUUCCUAUAAGACCCGAUUGGAAUUACAAUAUGGAUAAGGCCACUCUGGAUCGUAAUGAGAAUAAAUAUUUUCGGGAAUAUGUGGAACAUUUGCAACAAAAGCAAAAGGCGGAAAACAAGGACUUGUCUCUAUUCGAAUUAAAUUUGGAGACAUGGAGGCAAUUGUGGCGUGUCUUGGAACUCUCAGAUAUUCUUUUGAUUAUAGUUGAUGUUCGAUAUGCGACUUUGAUGUUCCCUCCCUAUUUGUAUGACUACAUUGUUAACAAAAUUGGUAAACAAGCCAUAUUGAUUUUAAACAAAGUGGACUUGGUCGCACCUGAAGUUGUUGUGGCAUGGCGUUGUUAUUUCCACGAAACAUACCCUGGCUUGCCUGUUGUGAUAUUUGCCUCAAAUCCAUUGCAAUCAAAGAAAGGUACCCAACAAAGCCGUCGCAUGAACUACAAACGUGGCAUCGAAGGAGUCCAUAACAUUUUCAAGGAAUGUCAAAAAAUUGUCCAAUCCGAAAUAGACCUGACAGGAUGGGAACAAAAGAUUCUAGAAGACAUGGCCAGCGAUCAUGCUUAUCUUGAAUCCGAAGCAGAAACUAUAGCCGAGAAGUACUUUGAUGAGACGGAAGAAGAGGAAAUCUCCACUAUGCCACAUGAAGGCGAAAGUGAAAACAGAACCAAAUACUAUAAAGGAAUAUUAACUUUGGGUUGCAUUGGUUUUCCUAACGUGGGCAAAUCAUCACUGAUAAAUGCCCUAAAAGGGCGAAAAGUGGUUAGUGUAAGCCGCACACCCGGCCAUACCAAACAUUUCCAGACAAUCUUCCUUACGAAUGUGGUACGUCUCUGUGAUAGCCCUGGCCUAGUAUUUCCAUCAUCAACUUCGAAAUAUUUGCAAGUUCUUUUGGGCAGCUUUCCCAUAUCUCAGUUGCAAGUUCCCUAUCGUUCCAUACAACUUAUGGCCGAACAUCUGGAUUUGCCAAAAAUUCUCAAGAUACAUUUGCCCGAAGACUAUGAUGAGUGGUCCCCGGUAGCUAUAUGUGAUGCUUGGGCCAUCAAGCGAGGUUUUAUUGUAGCCAAAUCGGCCCGGCCAGAUAUAUAUAGAGCGGCUAAUCAUUUGCUAAGGUCAUGUGUAAGCGGACAGUUCCAGCUAAUAUUGCAAUUUUAUCCACCCAAAUUUAAUGCACAGAGAGAAAAGUGGGUGGAACAUACUGAUGUAGCAGAAGUUAAGAAAUACCAAAAUCUGGCUACGGAUGGCCAAGGGGAAGAAGAUAUUCACGAUAACGGAGACACCUCUUCGAUUAACUCAGAAAGUGCCUAUGAAUCGGACGAAAACAGUUCAUCUAAUGAUGAAACUAAUGCCGAUGAAGAUGAUGAAGCCGCUGAACAAUCGACACAGCCCUCAACUUCUCGCAACGCCUUUGCAUUACUCGAAGAUGACUAAAGCGAAGAACAACAGUCGAUCUUUAAUUCCAUACACUCCAGUAUUUUCUGCGUUAACUUGUCUUUGUCAUUUUUAUAUUUGAUUUUCAACUUGAAAUUACAGCUGGAAUUUUAGGGGGUAACACCAUCAUGAUCCAUAUCAAAAUCAUCGUCGUCAUCUUCAUCAUCACUAGGAUACUGAUCGAGAUGACUACCAAUAUCAUCCAAAGAAAGCAGCAGGUGUAUGGCUCUGUAAAAUAAAAUAACAUUUUAUAUAAAUACAUUUCUCUAACCAAAUCAACACUUUAGUAUUGUUAUAUUACUAACAACAAAAUAAAAAUAAUUUGCAUUUUUAAUAUAUGAAACGGA